CGGUGGGGGGAGGGUGUCCCCUGCCCAGCUCGGGGAGGGGGCUUCGGAGCGUGCUCGCCGCUGACGCUGCGCUUUGGGCUCGGCAGGCUGGCCCCUGCGGAGCGAUGGAGUUCGACUCCCACCAGCAUUACUUCUACGACCACGACUCCGAGGAGGAUUUUUACCGCUCCACCGCCCCCAGCGAAGACAUCUGGAAGAAAUUCGAGCUGGUGGCCACUCCCCGCAAGGCGCCCCCCUGCCCCGCCGGGGGCAAAGCCUGCUGCCCCGGGGCAGGGGAGAGGUCCGACCGGCUCUCCCACUGCUGCCUGCCCGGGGAGGAGCCGGAAUACCUCCUGGGCCCCGGGGCGAUCUUGGGCAACCUGAGCGCCUUCAUGCUGCAGGACUGUAUGUGGAGCGGCUUCUCCGCCCGGGAGCGGCUGGAGAAAGUGAUGACCGAGAAACUUUCCACGGGCGCGCCAAGGGCGAAUCCGCACAAGUCCCCCUUGGCCCAGGACGCGGGGUUCAACAGCCCGGUGAGCGAGUGUGUGGACCCCGCUGCCGUCUUCCCCUGCCUCCCGGCGGAGACCAAGCCUCCCCCGGCCGCCCCGGGAGCCGAGAGGCCAUGCGAUUCGGAGGGUGAAGAGAUUGAUGUGGUGACCGUGGAAAAGAGACAAUCGCUCAGUAUGAGGAAGCCGGUCACCAUCACGGUGCGAGCAGACCCCCUGGACCCCUGCAUGAAACACUUCCACAUCUCCAUCCACCAGCAACAGCACAACUACGCUGCCCGCUCUCCCCCCGACACCUGCUCCCAGGAGGAUGCCUUGGAGAAGGAGCCCAAAGAGGAGCCCUUGAGCAGCCCGGAGCAAGGUGCAGAGCACUCUGAGCCUGGCCUGCCCAAAACCGGGAGCACACCCAGUUCGGACAGCGAGGACAUGGCUAAGAGGAAAAACCACAACUACUUGGAACGCAAGCGGCGAAAUGAUCUCCGCUCCCGCUUCCAGGCCCUGAGGGACCAGGUCCCCGGUCUGGCUAACUGUCCCAAGACCCCCAAAGUGGUGAUCCUGAGCAAAGCUGCGGAGUACCUGCAGUCGCUCGUUGUUGGGGAGCGGAGGAUGGCUGCAGAGAAAAGGCAGCUGAAGCUGAGACAGCAUCAGCUGCUGAAGCGAAUUGCCCAUCUCAAGGGACUUUAGCUACCACAGACUUGACACCUUUCCCAAUAUUGAUUUGCACAUUUUUUUGGUUAGCGUGAACCCUCCAAACUACAGAUCCCAGAAUGCACUGCAGCCAGCGCACACGAAUAUGGCUUGCAUUCUAGGAAGCGGGGGAGCUUCUUGUCUCCCUUAUCCAGGCCUGGUCUCGGGUUCCUCCUUUAACAGAGUAGGGAGUAGCUUAGCCCACAGCUGGCAAAUUCUUAGCCUGUGGGGACACUGGUACUUGGCACCUGACUUGUAGGCACUGGACUUUGCUUGGGCUGAAAUGGUCAAAAGGGACCCGUGAGUUCUGGGUGCCUCGUUCUGAGGGUGUCCAGAGAUGCUGAGCCUCGAACAGGGAUGUGGAACAAAGCCCGCUGAGGCCAGUUGGAGCUGCCUUAGCGCCUUGAACUUCAGGCCUCAGGUACCUGAUUUUGGACACUCAAACUGAGGCCACUCUCCAAAAUACAGGCCUGAGUGGGCAACCAGAAGCCUAAUAAUGAUGGCAGGUUCCUGAUUCAGACAGGACCUGAAUCCAGCCCUUCUGUGGCUUCUCUUCAUACAUGCAUCACUGGGUGGCUGGGUCAAUAUGGUGGCUGUUGCCAUGGUCCACUGAAGUUUGACACCCUCCCCUGCCUCCUCCCCCAUUCUGCUGCCCAGCCCAGGUGCCUCUGCUGUGGUGCUCUUGCCUUUCCCCUCCCCAUCCUUUCCCUGACCAGCCCAUAGUGGCCCACCUCUCCAAUCUCCCCAUCCUGCUCCACAUCAGUGGGGCUGAGACCAUGGGCCCGCUGCAUCCCCUCCAGAAGUGUCUUCAAAUCAAUAAUCGGAUUGCUUUCGACAGAGUCUCCACUGCCAAUCGGCCAGGGUGUUCCGCUCCAGGGCGUAGCAAUCCAGUGUCCCAGUUCAGGGUCCAUCUCUCUACAAGCAGUGACAAUGGGGGCAUGCCCCAAAGUGGGUGGGGAUGGGGAAACUUUGCUCUCUAGGGGCCAGGGCUGUUCUUAAAGAUCCUCUUUCUCCCAGGGCUGGAUGGCUAAACGUUAUUGCUGCAGAAGACCCGAGACCAGCUUGAAAUGGACUAUACCUCACUUUCUUACCACUUUACACAGUAGCUUGUCUUGAGGCUUGUGUUCUAGAAACUGCUGCUGUAACUGUCUGACUCGUAGCCGGGAUGACCUUUUUUUAAUGCUGUAUUUUUGUACAACUUUUUUGGAGAGUAUUGUUUAAGACUUGUCUUUGAAAACCUUGUUCUGGGGGCGUUGUCCCUGCUGCAGGCUGGUGAAGGUGUGUUGGGGGAAGGGCUGGAAGUGUCCCUGGGGCCUUGCUAGGAGGCUCCGAGAGGUCCUAGGUUCUUAUUUGCUUGCUUCCAGAUAGGAGACUCUGGGAAGAUCCCUGCUCCUCAGGCUGUAGACAGGGCAAUAAUGAUCCUUUCACAGAGGAUCAGGGUGAAACUUGCCCUGUUUGCCUGGCCUUCCUGUAUUCCCCAAAUGCAGGUUCUCAGGAGUGGUGCUGCUUAAAAUCCUAGGGGCCUGACUGUUACCUGGAGUUACUUUGUCUUUCCCGGGGAGGGUUGAUGCUCCUCUUGGAAGCAUCUGAGACGUGAGUCCCUCUGUCUGUUAACCAGCAGCGACACCCUUGGGAAGCUGCAUUUGUUCAGCUGGCCAAACUUCAUUUCACCUCCCCACGAAUCUCCCUCUGCUGUGAAUACUCGCCCUGCCUUCCUAGGCGGGGUCGGUGUUUUUGUGGGUGGGGGAGCAGGACCAGGAGCCUUCAUCUUUCGUGGAAGGGGGUGUGGCUGGGACCUCCACUCUGCAGCAGACACACAGAGCAGCCCCUGAGUUGUCUGGCUCCUACCUGACCUUCUGAGAAACGUUAGAGUUAACACUGUGGUCGGAUUUAGCACUUUUCUUCAUUACCUCACACUUCAUAAAUAAAUAAGUUAGAAAAGA